AUGCCAUCCCAGCCCAUCAACGACCGGCUUGUCGUGCGCUGGGCCGUGAUUAUCCUCUACUGGCUCCUCUCCUUCCGAUGCUUCCGGCGGCUCUUCCCGCGCGCAGGCCCCGUCCUCUUCCUGUCCUCCCGGCUCUGCAUCAAGUCGACGCGUUCCACCUCGCUCGCGGAGGCGUCCGCGAUGCGCUUCAUCGCUGCGCACACGACGAUCCCAGUCCCCAAAGUGCACAGCGCAUUCGAGCACCAAGGAAUCGUCUACAUCGUCAUGGAGCGCAUCAACGGCGUUAUGCUGGCCCAUGGCUGGCUCCAGCGCACGCCUGCGUCGCAAAGCCGCAUCCUCGAGAGCCUCCGCGGCAUGGUCCAGCAGAUGCGCCAGAUACCGGCCCCGGCGGGCUGCGGCGUGUCCAACGUGGACGGCGGCGCCAUCUACGAUCCUAGACUGCCCGGGUCCGGCGUCUGGGGCCCGUUCCAGACCAUCCACGAUUUUCACCGAGAGCUGCGCGCCGGUGUGGACGAGCCAGAGUAUGCGGGGACCGCGAUCCCAGAGCUCGGGCCCCUGAUUGCCUUUCAUAAUCAGCCAUGGCCGUAUCCUGUCUUCUCACACGGCGACCUUAGCUCUUUGAAUGUUUUAGCGGAUGGGGAUGAGGUUGUUGGUAUCGUGGACUGGGAAACGGCUGCGUGGAUGCCCCCUUACUGGGAGUACACGUCGGCCUGGCACGUGAAUCCGUAUAACCAGUUCUGGCAGGCAGAGGUAGACCGCUUCUUAGAGCCGCUUCCAGAAGCACUAGCGAUGGAAAUCAUUCGGCGAAAAUAUCAUAAUGACUAUUAA